UUCUCUUCCUUUCGAUCUCUCCCGCUCUCAAAACCAUCUCCAACUCUCAUUUAGCUUCUUUUGGAUCCCUCAUCCAAUAACCCUAAUCCUAAUCUCCUCAUCAGCUUUCAUAAAUUUUAAGGGCUUUGAUUAUGCUUCACUUCCAUUCUUCAUUCUAUCUCAAAAGCUGAAAUAAAAUUUCUUUUCCUUUGGUUGGAGGAGAUUAGGAAUUCUCGGGUUUUGGAGAUUGUGGCGAAAUCAUUUAGGAAUUAUUGGGUUUUGGUGUUGGUGUUGGAUUCGUGUGUGUGGUUUAGUACCGAUGGGGAUUCGGCUUUUGAUUCGUGUGUGAUUCGUGUCUUGGUGUUGGAUUCGUGUGUGUGAUGAAGAUGGAGCAGUGGAGAUACACAAUCCUGGGGAACUAACCUCAUGAAAGAAUGAAACUUGUUUCAAGUAGCAUUGGUUUGUGAAAACAAGCAUACGGGCAGAAGACGUUAUGAAUGGCGGCUUACUUGAUAAGAAGACUAAUAUAUAAAGGAGAUGGGAGAAAUUCGAGUCCGCUUGUACAUAGAGCAAUGCCUCACGUACGUGAAGCUCUUAUCUCUUGCCCCGCGCCUCAUCUUUUGGGACCUAAACAUCUCAGAGUGCCCCGCGCUUUCCAAAACCAAGUUUAUAGUAGUGAAACAUGUCUUAAUAUAUGUUUUUAGGAAGCAUGACAAAUCUGGGAAAAGAGUUUGGGUCUUUGGGAUUAUUAGAUAUAUUGCAGAACAUCAUGCUUGUUAUCAUGUCUUCCUUUUUUUUUUUUUUUCGUAACAAUAUAUGUAUGGGCACAGGCCUUUCCUAUGAUACAAAUGAACCUGUGUUGAAAGAGGUUUUUGGGCAUUAUGGAGAAAUUAUUGAAGCAAAAGUUAUAUGUGAUCACAAGAGUGGCAAAUCAAAAGGAUAUGGAUUUGUGCAUUUCAUUUAUAAAGAUUCUGCCAGCAAAGCCUUGGCAGAAAUGGAUGGUGAGGUACUUGGCGGUAGAAAUAUCCGCAUCCAAAAUGUAAACAAGAAAGAAGGAUGCUGCAAUUUGAAUUUGGAGGUGAGGCCUAUUUCUUUGUACACUUCAAACUUUACUUGAAUAGUGUCCCAUUAUUAUAUAUUUUUUCUUGGAAUAUCUAAUAUUAUAUCAUAUACUUUUUAGUAGAUAAUUUCCAAAUAGAAAUGUAAUUAACUCAAUAAUUACUUGCUUGAAUCUAACAAACAAAAAUAUGUAGCAACAAAUUCUUAUGAUACAAAAAACAAACAAAAAGCAAACCAAAAGAAUAGCCUAUUGGGGAACUCCAAAGACACCAGUGAGGAUGAUUAAGUCUCUGAGGGUCGUUUAACUUUAUCGAUAUGGAUGUUCUAUAUAUAACAUAUCUAUGAUCACUGGGCAUUGUGGUAUAGAAGGCUACUAUAAAACUAUAUAUUUAGUAUUUAAAUAAUUUGUUAUGUAAAUUAUUGACAUUAAAAUGAAAAAAUACAAAAGAAUGUGUUUUUUUGUAGAAUUUUGUCGAUCUAGCGGGAAGUGAACGUGCUUCGCAAACCAAUUCAGUGGGUAAACGAUCGAAAGAAGGCAGCCACAUAAACUGCAGUUUACUAACA